GCUGAUUUAUGACUCUGUGACUGACAACCCCUUACAGACACGUCACUGGCUUCAGUCUGACCUGCACACUGGAGGAACAGGACAGGACGAGAUUCGGUUCAGCUGGUACAGUUCGGUGUUGUGCAGGAGAAUGAGUGAGGACCGGAGAAUGGAUUCAUCUCAGCCGGACUGCCUCCUCCUCACCGGCACCUCCAAGAUUUCCCUCAACGAGCGCUUCUCUCAGGUGCUUUUGGAGCAGCUGACCCGGUCCAGAAUGGGGCCCUGUGACCCAGUGCAUAGGAGGGUGUCCGGGCCACCGCUGGUCCUGCUGGGGAACAACGAUCCGUCAUCACUGCCUCACUUACAGUUGGAGACUGACGGGUCUCAGACGGUGAAGCGGCACCUGAGGAGGCAGAGCAUCUGGACUCGACUUGGUGGGCAGCAGGUGGCUCACCGAUUCUCGACCUUCACAGCGCCGGGCUUCUGGAGCUUCAGGAACAAGUACAGAUGGAUGUCCAGGGUCUGCUCCAGGUGCAAGAGACGAGGAAACCUGAACCGCGGAGUCGGUCGGCGCCGCCUCCUAAAGACAGCAGAGGUCCACAAACUGACAGCAACAGGACGGACACAGACAAGUUUGCAGCUGCGAACGAACAAGAAGGACGUUCCAACCAGGCAGCAGCUGGACGCACAGCUGGAUGAAUACAUGUCCAUGUCCCGGAGAAGACUGGACAACCAGCUGGAUGAGUACAUGUGCAUGGCAGGGCAGACGCUGAUCUGGGAUGGAGAUGGAAAAGUGAAGACUGAGGACUGAAAGAGGACUAAGAGGAAUGACAGGACUAAAAUGACUGAGACUCUGACACUUAGAGGACGGAAACUGAAGACUGGUUCUGAGGACGAUGUUCAGUGUGGUUGUGGACGGUUUGUCUGAUGUUGGACAGGUUCCAGCUGUGGACUCUGCAGCUGCUUUUAUUUACUGACUGAAGGCAGCUUCAACAUAGUUUAGUUUGUCUGACUAUUGGCUCUCAGGUGAGCCUGCUGAUUGGCUGCUACUGUCAUGUGGAGCAGUGUGACUUUAGUUAUUGUCAAGUGAGCUGCAGCAGGAUUAGAAGAACACAUGUUGCUGUGUUGUUGUGUUCUCUUGUUUUGUUUCUUUGACCUGGUCAGCCUGUGUGCACUUCACUGAUCUGUGUGUUUUUGAAAUCCUGUAAAGAGUUUAAAUAAAACAUAACCAGUCGCAGUUUAAACUGCAGAGUUUCUUUUAUUAGAACUUUAAAACAACUGGUGGUUCAGUAACAAGUUGAUGUCUGAGGUUAUGUUUCUGUUGUCCUGCAGGCAGUGAAGGCACCUUGAUGCUGCAGGUUCUGAAUAGCAAUAUAAGAUUAUUGUCUGGAGAUAGUCAGGGUUCGAUCAAUGAUCAGGAGAAUUUAAAAGAGGAACAAGCUCAGAUGUCAGACGUGUCUUCUGUCAGUAAUAGAAUGACGGAAAUCAGGAAAAAUAAUUUAAAAAAUUCUUUAUUUCAUAAAAAUGUAAAAAACCUGGAAUCAACAUAUCCACAGCAGUUACCAACACUGGAAACAUGGUAGAUAUAAUAGAUAAACACUAUAGAGAUGUGUAGAGUUUAUUGAUCUGUCAGGUGUAACUGAUCAGAUUGCUCUUAUUUACAGGAUUUGAUGUGAUCUUCUCAUUUGCUCAUAAAUGCAGCAGCACAGAUCACAAAUCUGAUAUUUUCAAGUAAAUGUGGAAAUAAUCAGAAACCUCUGAAGACAGCUGCGUAGAGCAGCAGGAAUGUUUCAGGUUGUUGAUCAAUCAGUUUGAUCAUAUCAGUGAUCAUGUUUCUUCACAUAAUCUGAUCAAUAAGUCCAUCUGCAGAUGUUCAGCUCCAGCUUCUCCUCUUAGUCUCAUUUUGGUGAGUUCACAUCUUUUUGUGCUUCUUUACAUUUAAGUUCUGACAUUUUUGUUUGUAAUUGACUUAUUUAGAUUAGAUAAAAAUACUUUAAUGGUUUAAUGAUUGUUUUCUGUCUCAUUUUGGUAGUUUAAUAUGUUUUUAGUGGUUGGACUAAAUUGUAGUCGUUUUGUGUCUUGUUUUCUACGAUAGUGUCUUUAUGUGUGCAGUUCCCUGACAUUGCACACAUACUGAACAUUCUCCUGCAGCUGUGCAUCACACACACACACAUGAUGUAACAGCACAGACACACCUGCUGACACAACACAUACUGAUUAUACAACUGUGCACCACAAAGUGUGUGUGGAGAUCAGAUCAGAGCUGAUCAAUGAUUCUGAUUGAUUUCAGAUAUGGAUCACUUUCUGAGCAGAACGUUCUCAGGUGUUCUCUGCCUGGGUUCUUGCAGCAGAACCGGUGUGUUCCACUUUGUUGUUCAGACUGAAACCAGCUGCAGCAGGUUCUGCAGCGUCACGUUGUGAGUGCGCUCAGUUCUAUAUUCAGCUGCAGGUUUCAGCUGCAGCUUCCUAGAAGCUUCAGACACAAAUAGAUCAGCAGACGUUUGCUGUGUUCAGAUCUUUGGUCUGUUGGUUCUGCAGGAACUGUUUUAUGUGUUCUGUGAUACAACCCACAAACUGCUGGUUCAGUUUUUACUGGAACAUGAGAACGUGACGCAACCUGAACACAUAAAGAGGAAUCUAUGAAACCAAAAUUAAAUGAAACAACAUCGAUCAAAGUGCAGCUUUAGGAUUUAAAAUUGUUUCUGUGAUUCAGACAGAAGUCGAUUCACUGUUCAGCGCUGUUCUUCAUUUGCAUUCAUCCAUUUUUCUUAUUAUUUUUGAACAAUUUCUGAAUGAUUCCAGUUAAUUUUUCGUUUUUUUUUUUUUUUUUUUUUAAAAACCAAUAGUUCAUUCAUUUUGUAGUAGUGUCAUAGUUCAUUUUGUGGUCAAUUUUAGUGUCAUUUUGAACAAAGUUUGCAUUCUGAUGUGCAGGUCUGUGACACCUGACUGCUGUAGUUUAAGUGUUUAAUGUAAAUCCAGGUUAUUUUUUCUGAUUUCACACUGCAGAAAUAAUCUGAGGCCACGAGUUGCUCUGCAGACCCAACAACAACAUUAAAGGAUCCUCAGAAAUAGAAAGUGAUGAAGUCCACUCUGCACAGACUCAUGUUGAUCUGCUGCUGCUUCACUGGAGCUCAUGUGAGUUCAGACUUUAUAUAAACUAAGAAAUGAAUGAACAACAGCCGCCUUUUCUUGAGUGUAAUAAUUAAAGAAACCUGCGUAACUUUCCUGCAGUGUCUGAAGCUCCUUGAAAAAAUUACACUCAGGACCUUAAAGACAAAAAAUGUUUGACACAAACUGCCAAAAAUAUCAAAUUAAUUUGAUUUUCCAUUUUCACCGAUGGAACUACCAAACAUUCCACUCUAUAAAUUAGGAUUUUUUAAAUUUAAAAAAAAACACAAAAUUUUUAUAUUUUUCAUAUAUUAAGCGGUUAGUAUAAUUUAUUUUGGUACCCACAGCCUGGGUGUCAGUAAUCAGCAGGAACACUGAUUCUGAUGCGUCAUUAUUUUUGUGUCAGUUUUAAAACAUUGCUUCAAACAUAGCCCUAAAAAUGUAUACUUCUAUUAUUUGUCUCAUUUACUGAGUAUUUCUUAACCAUUAGUCCUGAUAUAAAUAACAAACAUUCAUUCAAAUUCAGGAUUUCAACCUGUACACACCAGUUCACUCACACAGAACCACAGUUGUUUUAUCAACCUUUUAUCCACAUCUUGUAUGUUGUCAGUCGUCACAAGAUGGCGGUGUGCGAGGACGCAGCGGUUCUGAACUCUCUACCCCGGUGCAUCCUGUUAAUGUGUGUGUGGACCUGUGGCACUAUCAUCUGUGGUUAUGAAGUGCUUUGAGAGGCUUGUCCUUCACCACCUCCGGUCCUGCCUCUCUCCAAACUUUGACCAGCACCAGUUUGCUUAUAAAGCUAUCAGGUCGACAGCUGAUGCCAUCACCACUACCCUGCACACCGCCAUGAGCCACUUAGAGAAACUCGGUAACUAUGAGAAUGCUUUUUGUGGAUUUCAGUUCGGGAUUUAAUACCAUCCUGCCAAACAUUCUUGUCAAAAAGCUAACUGACCUGGACUUCCCACCCCUCACUUGUGACUGGAUUAAGAAUUUCCUGACGGAUCGCCCACUAACAGUGAUGGUUGUACCUCAGAGAUCUUCCAUCCUGACACUCAGCACAGGCUCCACUCAGAGCGGCUUUAGUCACCUCCUGUAUGCUUUGUACACGUAUGACUACGUCCCCUCCCACCACUCAAACAUCAUCGUCAAAUUCAGAGACAACACAACAGUGGGGGUCUCAUGGUGACGAAACGGCAUUCAGGGAGGAGGUCCAGACAGAGGCUCGUGGCAUUGGGCUCAGAAAAUAACCUUAUGCUGAAUACCAGCAAAAGGAAAGAGAUGCUGAUGGACUUCAGGAAGUCAGGAGGAGAUCCUGCUCCACUACAGAUCAACAGUGUCUGCGUGGAGAGAGUCUACCAACACGUCAGCAGUGGUCAGGAAGGCCCAACAGAGACUGCACUUCCUUAGCUUGUUGCGGAAAUGUCACCUGGAGGCAAAUCUGUUGGAGACUUUCCAUCACUUUAUGAUAGAAAGUGUGCUGGCAUACGGCGUCACAGUGUAGCCGGUUGUGCAACUGGUGACCCAGAAAAUAAUCAGCUGCCCCCUGCCCUCCCUGGAGGACAUUGCAAACUGUCUGACCUCUCACACCCUGGCUGGGGUCUCUACAACCUUCUGCCUUUUGACAGGAAGUACAAAGACACUGCAUGCUGGACAAACUGGCUGAGGAGCAGUUUUUAUCCGUGGGCAAUUAAACUUUUAAACUCGAAGUAACCCCCAAGGAUCUGGACAAUUUUCACUUGGUCAAAUGUGGGGCAGUGCAACAUGAGCGUGUGUGCAUGAGGACUUUUAUUGUUCUUUCUAUUUAUUACUUUUAAUAUGUAUGCAUAUUUGUAUUUUGUAGGUGUACUGUGGGGAGAUACUCCCACCACUUUCAUUGUACAAUCACAAUAAAGGCUUUUCUAUUCUUA